CCCAAAUCAAAAACUCGCCGCAUCUCACUCAUGGCUCGACGUGCGGCUCCUCCUGGCUCUGGUCCCGCUUACUACUCCGGCGCGCCCCCGCCGCGACGUGGUGCCCUCGCCGACCCCAACGAAUCCGCAUUCUCGGCGUUCAUGCGUGAGGAGAUCUUCGCACCAGAAAAGGUUCCCGGCAACCUCAGCAUCCUUACCGGCGUCGUUGUGUUCUUCGGCGGGAUCGCCGCGAUGCGAACGUGGGGCGAGCUGAUGAUUCCCACAUGAGGAGGGGGUUGUCUAUGCCAGUAGCCCGGCGGGUCUGUGGUUGUAGUUGCGCACGUAUGGGUUCAGGUAGUUGGCGUUGGUUGGGAGACUGGGCGAAGGACUCGAAGGGUGUCCUUUGUUAUGAUCCACGUAUGAUUCUUAGCCAACUCGUACAACAUCUUGAUGACAUGCCCCAGCUUGCACGCCCCAUAUAUCUAUAUGCUGUUAUAUUUGUUGGCAGCGGUACAUUGCGCCCAGAUGAUCCCACCUUAUUAUACGCCGUGCGUUGUAUUGCACCGUGAGAAUCAAUAGAUGCCAUUCUCAGCCA